AUGUCUCAGCUCGAUGAUGAAGAUAUUGAAAAUUUACUGCAGCAAUCUGACCUAGAGGAUAUAGGUGAUGAUGAGGACGACACAUGGGCCCCGGAUGCUGAAAAUGACGGUUUAUCUGAUGAUUCUGAGGACGACAUGCCUCUGUCUUCACUGCCGAUUUCUCGUGAAUCUGAUGAUGGAAAAUGGAUUAAAAAGAAGUUCCGUGGUAGGCCUACCGCAGUCCAACAGCCUCCAGACCCAGGUGAGCCACCAAAAUCGCCAGCAGAGUAUUUUGAAAACUAUUUUACUGGGGAAUUAUUUGAACAGUUUUCGACUGCCACUUCACAGUACUAUAUAGCUGAAAAGGGGUGUGCAAUGAAGCCACAAUGCUCGCCAGUAAAUUCGUGGUUUGAGUACAGGGAAAAUGCCAAACGAAACAAUUUGCAUAAGUCUAAGAUCAUGGAUUUACUGAGCUUCCGUUUGUCCAUUGUGGAAUAUUUAUUGGGUGAACCAACCAGAAAACGAACCAGAGACGACUUGGAACUUGCUGAAAUGCCAAGUACAUCUGAGUACAGACCAGCUCCUAUGCCGACAGUUGAUAAACGCUAUGAUGGCUAUAACCAUUGGCCCAUAUUCGACACACUUCCAGCUCCUAGAAAAUGCAGUCGUCUGUCUCUAACUGUACUCACGAACAGUAUGGCCCCAGUUGAAACAAUUGUGACCCUCACAAUUGUGACGCAGUAA